UGCACAAUUGGUCAAUUGCAAAGUGUGACAAUAUUUAUCAGAAGUCACCUAAAUGCAAGUGAAUCAUUCAAUUCAAUUAAGCAGAGAUUUCUGGUAGAGUGUUAGUGGUGUUACUACCCUAAUCUGCUAAUUUCUCUGAUCUUUCUCUCUCCUCAGUUCUUUUCAAGAUUUAAGAUUUUGUGGAGAGAAAUGGAGGAAAAGGGCUAUCAUUGUCAAGAGGUACAGCAACUGCGUAAAUUUGUUUCGAAGCUUGCAAUGGAAAUUGAUGUUAAAAACAUGAAGUUGUGUGUCAUGGAGAAGAGGAAUGAUAAGUUGUCGACAACCCUCAACAAUAUGGUUAUGGAAAAACGGAAGCUGCAGCAAGAUCAUGCUAGAGAAAUUGAAAGAUUGCAAUCUGUGAUAUUAAAUAGUGAGAAAACAAAAUUGGAGUUGGAAUAUCAAAGACAGCAAAUUGAGCUGAGAGCGGAAGAAGUUGAUAAACGCGAGAUGCAAAUAAAAUCUAAGCAUGAAAAGCUUGAUUCUUUAAUGCGAGAGCUGGAAGAAGGUGGAGAUGAAAUGCAAUGCUUAGAAACCCUUAACCAAACACUUAUCAGCAAAGAGCGUAUAACUAAUGCAGAGCUGCAGGAUGCUCGCAAAACUUUGAUUCGUACGUUGCAAGGAAUAGCUGAUGUUGAGGCUAAUAGCAUUGGAAUCAAACGGAUGGGGGAGGUUCAAAUUAAGCCUUUUCGAGAUGCCUGUCCAAAAAAAUUCCCUUCUGGGGAUUGGGAAAUGCAAGCAUCUGAGCUGUGCUCAUCAUGGCAACAAAUCCUUGGAGAUCCUAGUUGGCAUCCAUUUAAAAAUAAAGUUGUAGACGGAAAACUGCAGGAAGUUGUAGAUGAAGAUGACAGUAAGCUGAAGGAAUUGAUAGAUAAAUGGGGAGAGGAAGCAUAUAAAAGUGUGGUUAAUGCAUUGUUGGAGCUGAAUGACUACAAUCCCAGUGGUAGGUUUGUCGUGUCUGAACUCUGGAACUAUAAGGAGGGAAGAAAAGCUAGUCUAAAAGAAGCAAUAGAGUAUCUCGUACAGAGAUUGACAGCCAAGUCCAUGAAGCGCAAAAGAUAAUAAGUACAAGUUUCAGGGCGCACUCUAUUCUAAGCAUUUUCUUAUUUAAAGCAUCAUGAGGUAGUAAACAUCACGUAUCGCUCUGAUAUUUAGGAUUGCAAUUUUGGGGAGUGACACUGCUAGACUGCUAGUUAUUGCUUGCAAGUUUUACCAGAGCAGCUCUUCUUGAGAUGCUAUCUUACAACUGUCCCUACCAAGUGUUGCCCAAUCUCCAGGAUUGGCCAAAUGAUCCACUGCUAGGGAACAAAUUGAACUACUACUCUAUGCUGUAUCGGCUAUUGUGUGAAAUGUGCUUCAGAUAUGUGGUGUAGUUUAUCUAUUCUAGUAUGAAUUACUUAUGGCGUUUGCAUUGUGUAAUGCAGACACAGAACACCACUACUGUCUGAAACUCUUAACAGGCAGAAACAUCCUUUGUUAACAUAACCUAGCAAAUUUUGGUGGCAGCAGCUUGGUGCCUAAUUGCCAAUGCACCAAGAAUAGUGUAUAUUGGUGUUCUGUGUUUGGUAUUCGAGCUGUGGAAGAUUAUACAGCUCAUGUAUUGGGUCAUGAUGCAAAGGCUUGCAGGUACCCUAUCACCUUUGUUAAAAUGAUUAA